AUGUUGAGCUGCCGCGCUGCCGUCGUCUCAUCUCACGAACGACGAAACAAGAUGAAGUGCGACGUUCAACUUUUUUCGCUUUACUUGAUGAGGACCUCCUAUCUCAUCGCCUCGGUCAGCCAGGUCUUAGCUCAAAAGAGUUCUUCCUGGACUCAGCUCGACAACGGUGUUUGGACAGACGGUUCGUCCUAUCUGUGCAACUGCGACUACGCAUCUACAGACGCAGCUGGUUCAGGGUGCGCAACCUUGUCGAAAACCUGUGAUGGAAAGACGGAUGACGGGAGUAAGACAGAUGACGGGAAGAGGAAGACAGAUGAUGGCAAAGGUGCUGGAACAUCUUCAACUUCAUCCGGAAGCAGUUCAUCUUCUGGCGGUCUCGUUGUAGCCAGUACAGUGGAGCCGAAAAAAGAUGGAAAUUCUGACCAAGAUGAGAAUUCUGAAGAUUCUGAUAAAGAUCCCACUAGCGGGACCUCCUGGAACAAGGACGUUGUAACAAGUUGUACAACAACCACACCAACCGACGGGCUCUCUAGUAUAGGUGGGACACAUCAUUGUCUUGACGUUGCGUUUCAGAAUACGGUGACGCGCAGAUGUUGGUUCCAGUAUGUGCCACAGGAUUUGAGAUCGCCUGCACAACUUACGAAAGUACCACUCGUGUUGGACAUGCACGGUGGCGGAGGCUGUGCGGCUUCGCAUGCAUUAUCCUACUCGACCUGGAGGCAGACGGCUGAUGCGCUUGCUGCAACAGCAGCUGGAGGCUUUGUGGUCGUUUUUCCACAAGCUGCUCACCCCGCUGGAAAUUGGGCAGCGACUGGUUCUGAGCCCGUCGUUGGCGACAAGACAGCUCACAUUGGGGAUAUUGACUUUCUCAAGUUGCUGAUAAGCCACGUUGUUACAGCUACAACUUCUGGAGGAGCAGGCGGCCAAACCCCUGCACAAAGACAGACAAACGCAAAUCUCCAGAUCGACCGCGAACGUGUCUACGCCAGUGGCUAUUCGAAUGGUUGUAUGAUGGCACAGCGACUUGCGUUUGAGGCUUCUCAUGUGGUCGCAGGGAUGGGCUGCAUUGCAGGAAACAUGAUGAAUUGGGAGUUGGGAGGUCGCGCGACUCGUACGCAUGCCAUUAAUCGAUUCUCGUUCUCUACUAUGCCUGUGAUACACGUCCACGGCGAUCAGGAUGACUCUAUCCAAGGAACGAUGUGGUCGUUUGCGUUGGGAAACCUUCAGAACUGGGCUAGUGUGCAUGAGUGCAAUAUGGCGACGAGUGUGGGAGGAGCGUCCACUACAGUCUCGCCUGCUUUGGACACAUCUCGCGCUCUUUCGGAUGGUUACCACAUCUACACCUACGGAACACCAUCCACUUCGACGUCGUGUGGUGUUCAAGCAGGUUCAUCUUCAACUGGUUCAAACUCAAAAAUAUCUGUGAAGCUACACCUAGUCCGAGCCCUCGGGAAAGGACACGACUCCAUUAUGCAGCCAAGUUUCGAUGCUAGGAGACUCAUCUACGACUUUUUGGCGCAAUACAAACGUACUGCGAUUGCAGUCGUGGAGGCAUCCGCGUCUUUCGCCAUGGCUAUCCCUUCUUCGGUUCAGGAUCCGCAGACACUGGUCACCGACACGACGUUCACAGCUCCUCUGAUAUCGGGCUUUAAGAAUGCUGCCAAUCUUGGAGUCAAUGAAGAAGUCACGGUCAAAUCAAUUGCUUUUGCAAGACGGACACGGACACUUCUACAGGAGGAGGAGCAGCAUUCAUCAAGUUCAAGAACAAAUCCAGACCCUGUAACAGCGGUCGUGAGUGACAAUGAGCAGGUAGUGCAGCGUCAUCUAUCCGCGACGACUCCGCGUCAGCUGCAAGUCACUUACCGAGUUCAGACUACAGCCCAAAGUUCAGUGAACGCUCAAUCCAUCCAAACUCGAGUCCAGUCUAUGAACUCCGAUACCCUCAGAACAAGCGUCAGCAAUGCUUUCACAGCCAGUCCCCCGUCAUUUGGUGAAGUGGCAGUUACCAGCGUUGUAGGGUCACCGAGUGCAAGUACAGUUGAGGUGUCUUCGACAUCUGGGGCGGCGUCGCCUGGAUCUAGCAGUCAAUCGCCUAGUUCCGGUGGAAAUACAGAGGAAGCAUCCAUAUUCUCCUCUGCCAGAAACAAAAAGGCAUCACUGUUUCCUGUUCUUCUAGUCGUUUUUCCGUUGUCAUCCUUACUUCAUCUCUAGACUAGUUCUUAUGGUUAAUCAUUUAAUGAUAAUCGUUUUUACUUUCAAGUUUUUGUAGUACGACCUUUUUGAGAUCGUCAGGUCCUUGUCGUGAACAGUAAGCAUUCGAUCUCUCUCUUCAUCCACCACCGACUUCGUGAUUGCUGCAUGGACGUGAUCGUCGUGAGUUUUUCAACUACACAUCAGAAAAGAAACGAUCAUGGAUGCACAACGAAGUUGUAGAAGUUGCUAGUGCUGGU